AUGGAUGAGCUGUUUGGUCGCCAAUUUCAGUCUGUUGACGAGGCCAGGGCCGUCAUUGACGCCCUGGCCCAACCCCUUGGCUACAACUUUGUUAAGCACCGGGUGAGGCCCAAUAGCAUUGAAUUCCGCUGUAGCAAAGGGAGGACCUACAAGUCCCAGAGAAGCGACGACAUCCCUGCUGCGCGGCGCCGUGAGACAAGCUCUCAGAUGACGGGCUGCCCGUACAGGCUCGUCGUGGGUCGGCAGCAUGCGUUGAGUCCGUGGGUUAUCCGACGGUCGCGGAGCGACAGCGCCAAUGAGCAUAACCACCCGAUGUUCCCGUCAGCGGCGCAUUCGCGAUAUCGCGGCAUGGCCAUUGAAAAGAGAAUGGAAAACAUCAUGUCUCUGUAUAAUUCUGGGCUCAAGCCUAUUCAAAUUCUCGCUCAACUCCAGAGUGAAAACAACCCCGAUUUGGAAGGGCUAACUCGUCACGAUAUUUACAACGCAAUACGGAAGCAUCGUCAACAAGAAGAGCUUGACGGCCUCACAGGAAAGACAUAG